GGGUAGGCAGGAGCUUGGGGACCAACACUAGUGUAGACUUGCUGUGAGCCUGGGGCAAGCCCCUUUUCCUCCCUGGGCUUCAGUUUCCUCAACUGCAAACGAAGGGACUCUCCUGUAAUGAGAGAGCCCUUUCUGAUGUUCUGGGAUGGAUCACAGGCCAUUGGGCAUUUUUCUUUGGAGAAAGACUAGGGGCUGGUACCUCCUGUCCAGGCCUCAGACUUUGGGGCAGGGAGGGGGAAUCUCAGCCUGAGCCCUCCCUUCACCCUGCCCCUCCCCCCAGCAAUGGCCUGAGCCCCCAUGGCUGCCCCUCAGGACCUGGACAUCGCUGUGUGGCUGGCCACGGUGCACCUGGAGCAGUAUGCAGACACAUUCCAGCGGCAUGGCCUGGCUACAGCGGGUUCAGCCAGAGGCCUGGGCCACGAGGAGCUGAGGCAGCUGGGCAUCAGCGCCACGGGGCACCGGAAACGCAUCCUGCGCCUGCUGCAGACAGGCACUGCAGAGGGCUCCCUGGAUCCCAAAUCGGAUAGUGCCAUGGAGCCAUCCUCUAGCCCGGCCCCUGAAGCCCAGCCCCUCAAGCCCGUGCCCAAGCCCAGGACAGUGUUUGGUGGGCUCAGUGGCUCUGCCAUUGCCCAGAGGUCUGGCCUGAGCCCAACCCUCUUGGGACCGGAAGGGUCCAGGGACCCAGAGUCCAGGCCCAGGUCCCCUUCUCUCCCCACCUCCUCCUCGGAGCAGCCUUCAGCCCUGAGCACUGUGGAGAUGUUGCCCAAUGCCAUCUACUUCGAUCUGGAUGUAAAAGGCGGGGCACAGGCAUCUCUGGACAUGCCCCCCCCCAGCUCCCAGACAGCUGCCCCCACCCCUGCCCUCCGGCCCACAACAAGCACAGUGCACAUCAUGGAUCCUGGUUGCCUGUACUAUGGUGUCCAGCCUGUGGGGGUUCCAGGGGCCCCAGACAGAAGAGAGGGCAGAGGUGUCUGUCAGGAUAGGGCUGAACGCAGACUGAGCAGGCAGGAUCUGGAGGCACGGGAAGAUGCUGGCUAUGCCAGCCUUGAGCUACCUGGAGACUCCACCCUCUCACUGCCCAACCUAGACACAGAGGAGACCAGUGAUGACCUCAUUUCACCCUAUGCCAGCUUCUCCUCUACAGCUGACCGCCCCAUGCCCCUGCUCAGCGGCUGGCUAGACAAGCUCUCCCCUCAGGGAAACUAUGUCUUCCAGAGACGCUUUGUGCAGUUCAACGGGAGGAGUCUGAUGUACUUUGGCAGUGACAAGGACCCCUUCCCCAAGGGGGUGAUCCCUCUGACCGCCAUUGAGAUGACUCGCAGUAGCAAGGACAACAAGUUCCAGGUCAUCACUGGCCAGAGGGUGUUCGUGUUCCGCACCGAGAGCGAGGCUCAGCGGGACACGUGGUGCUCCACGCUGCAAUCCUGCCUGACGGAGCAGCGCCUUCUGGGCCUCUCCCGGCUCCCCCAGCCACCCCGACCCAUCCGCAUGGGCAUGCUAGAGCUGCGUGGACACAAGGCCAAGGUGUUUGCUGCCUUGAACCCAGGAGAACUGGCGCUGUACAAGAGUGAGCAGGCCUUCUCUCUGGGCAUUGGGAUCUGCUUCAUUGAACUGCAAGGCUGCAGUGUCCGGGAGACCAAGAGUCGAAGCUUUGACCUGCUCACACCCCAUCGUUGCUUCAGCUUCACAGCCGAGUCUGGGGGGUCUCGGCAGAGCUGGGCGGCCACUCUGCAGGAAGCAGUAACCGAGACCCUGUCUGACUACGAGGUGGCUGAGAAGAUCUGGUCCAAUCGGGCAAACCGGCACUGUGCGGACUGUGGGGCAUCCCGCCCAGACUGGGCCGCUGUCAACCUGGGGGUGGUCAUCUGCAAGCAGUGUGCGGGUCAGCACCGGGCCCUGGGUUCCGGGAUCUCCAAGGUACAGAGCCUGAAGCUGGACACGAGUGUCUGGAGUAACGAGAUCGUGCAGUUGUUCAUUGUCCUGGGAAAUGGUCGUGCCAACCGCUUCUGGGCGGGGGCCCUACCUCCAGGUGAGAGGCUGCAUCCAGAUUCGACCCCCGGCCCCCGGGGAGAGUUCAUCUCUCGAAAGUACCGACUGGGUCUCUUCCGGAAGCCCCACCCUCAGUAUCCAGAUCACAGCCAGCUUCUCCAGGCACUCUGUGCAGCCGUGGCAGGACCCAACCUGCUGAAGAACAUGACCCAGUUGCUCUGUGUUGAGGCCUUCGAAGGCCAGGAGCCCUGGUCCCCUUCAGCCCUUGAUGGCAGCUUCCCUGGCCUCCUGCCCCCAGACCCCUCCCCUGGUGUGUACAAUGAGGUGGUGGUGCCUGCCACUUACAGCGGCUUCCUGUACUGUGGGCCCAUCAGUCACAAAGCUGGACCCCCGCCCCCUCGCAGGGGCCGGGAUGCCCCUCCCCGCCUGUGGUGUGUGCUGGGAGCAGCUCUGGAAAUGUUUGCGUCAGAAGGCAGCCCUGAACCCCUCAGCCUCAUACAGCCCCAAGAUGUGGUGUGUCUGGGUGUGAGCCCCCCACCCACUGACCCUGGUGACCUUGACAGGUUCCCCUUUUCCUUUGAGCUCAUCCUCACGGGGGGGAGGGUCCAGCAUUUUGGCACAGAUGGAGCUGACAGUCUGGAGGCCUGGACGAGCGCCGUGGGCAAGUGGUUCUCCCCGCUGAGCUGUCACCAGCUUCUGGGCCCUGGACUUCUGCGGCUGGGCCGCCUGUGGCUGCGAUCCCCCUCCCACACAGCCCUGGCCCCUGGCCUCUGGCUGUCAGGGUUCGGCCUCCUUCGUGGUGACCACCUCUUCCUGUGUCCGGCCCUUGGCCCCGGCCCCCCAGCCCCCGAGGACAUGGUGCAUCUGCGGCGGCUACAAGAGAUCAGUGUGGUCUCUGCAGCUGACACCCCUGACAAGAAGGAGCAUUUGGUCCUAGUGGAGACAGGAAGGACCCUGUAUCUGCAGGGAGAGGGCCGGCUGGACUUCUCAGCAUGGAACACAGCCAUUGGGGGGGCAGCUGGUGGGGGCGGCACAGGGCUGCAGGAGCAGCAGAUGAGCCGGGGUGACAUCCCCAUCAUCGUGGAUGCCUGCAUCAGUUUUGUCACCCAGCAUGGGCUCCGGCUGGAGGGUGUAUACCGGAAAGGGGGUGCUCGUGCCCGCAGCCUGAGACUCCUGGCUGAAUUCCGUCGGGAUGCCCGGUCAGUGAAACUCCGGCCAGGGGAGCACUUCGUGGAAGAUGUCACCGACACACUCAAACGCUUCUUUCGUGAGCUCGAUGACCCUGUGACCUCCGCUCGCUUGCUGCCUCGCUGGAGGGAGGCUGCCGAGCUACCCCAGAAGAAUCAGCGCCUGGAGAAAUACAAAGAAGUGAUUGGCUGCCUGCCACGGGUCAACCGCCGCACACUGGCCACCCUCAUUGGACAUCUCUAUAGGGUGCAGAAGUGUGCAGCUCUAAACCAGAUGUGCACGCGGAACCUGGCCUUGUUGUUUGCACCCAGUGUGUUCCAGACGGAUGGGCGGGGGGAGCAUGAGGUGCGGGUGCUGCAGGAGCUCAUCGAUGGCUACGUCUCUGUCUUUGAUAUCGAUUCUGACCAGGUAGCGCAGAUUGACUUGGAGGUCAAUCUUAUCACCACCUGGAAGGAUGUGCAGCUGUCCCAGGCUGGAGACCUCAUCAUGGAGGUUUAUCUAGAGCAGCUGCUCCCAGACAACUGUAUCACCCUGAAGGUGUCUCCAACUCUGACUGCUGAGGAACUGACUAACCAGGUACUGGAGAUGCGGGGGACAGCAGCUGGGACAGACUUGUGGGUGACUUUUGAGAUUCGUGAGCAUGGGGAACUUGAGCGACCACUGCACCCCAAGGAAAAGGUCCUAGAGCAGGCCCUACAAUGGUGCCAGCUCCCGGAGCCCUGCUCAGCCUCCCUGCUCUUGAAAAAAGUCUCCCUGGCCCGGGCCGGCUGCCUCUUCACAGGUAUCCGGCGUGAGAGCCCAAGGGUGGGGCUGUUGCGGUGUCGUGAGGAGUCGCCCCGCUUGCUGGGAAGCCGCUUCCAGGAAAGGUUUUUUCUGCUGCGAGGCCACUGCCUGCUGCUGCUCAAGGAAAAGAAGAGCUCUAAACCAGAACGGGAGUGGCCUCUGGACGGUGCCAAGGUCUACCUGGGAAUCCGUAAGAAGUUAAAGCCUCCAACCCCGUGGGGCUUCACGUUGAUACUUGAGAAGAUGCAUCUCUAUUUGUCCUGCACUGAUGAGGAUGAGAUGUGGGAUUGGACCACCAGCAUCCUUAAAGCCCAGCAUGAUGACCAGCAACCAGUGGUCUUACGACGCCGUUCCUCCUCUGACCUUGCCCGUCAGAAGUUUGGCACUAUGCCUUUGCUGCCCAUCCGUGGGGAUGACAGUGGAGCCACGCUCCUCUCUGCCAAUCAGACCCUGCGGCGACUGCACAACCGGAGGACCCUGUCCAUGUUUUUUCCAAUGAAGUCAUCCCAGGGGUCUGUGGAGGAGCAGGAGGAGCUGGAGGAGCCUGUGUAUGAGGAGCCAGUGUAUGAAGAAGUAGGAGCCUUCCCCGAGUUAACCAAGGAUGCCUCCACCUCCUUCUCUACCACACCAGAGUGGGCAGCCAAGCCAGAGAGCCCCCUCGCCAGUCAGAAGUCCUUUGAUCAACCCCUGCUUUCCCAGGCAAGCAUCCUGGGCCAGGAGGAGAGACUGCUUGAGCCCCCUCCAGGCCCUCCUUCAAAGAGCAUUCCCCAGGCACGGGGGUCCCUGGAGGAACAGCUGCUCCAGGAGCUCAGCAGCCUUAUCCUGAGGAAGGGAGAGACAGCUGCAGGCCUGGGAAGUCCUUCGCAGCCAUCUAGCCCCCAGUCCCCCAGCCCGACCAGCCUUCCAGCACAGACACCUGGCUUCCCCACCCAACUCCCCUGCACUUCUAGCCCACCCUCCAGCCAGCCCCUCACAUGACCCUACAACCAGAGGUCUGAGAUGUUAGGUACCCAGAAGACCCAGAAACUCUCACCAUGGCAGACACCACUGGGAACUUCCUCUACCAUGGCUGGAAAGACUCCAGAAUCCAAUAUGGUGCUGUGGAAGGAGCACUGGACUGAGAGCUGCAGAGGCUGUGUAUCCCAGGGCAGGUCACGGCCCCUCCCUGGGCCUCAGCCCAUUUAUCUGUACCACGAGGUAACUGAAAUCAGGAGAGUGGUGAUCAUCAAAAUGUGUUUCUCAGAGCUGUGAGCCCUACGUAUUUUCCCUCAACAAGGGCAGCUCCUGCUUUACAUAUUUGAUAUAUAGGGGUUCUUUGAAAGAUUUGAGGUUUUAAAAGAAGGGUUUGCAUAAGGAAAAAAAUAUGGGUUGGAAGCCAGAGUUCUGGAUGAUGUCCAUGUCUAUCCUAUCCCACUUUCUACGCUCUAGAACUAUACCGAAACCUUGGAGUGGAGAGACGGGUUGGGGGCAAGGGACAGCCAAAAAUGGACGAGUCACUAUUAAUAAACCUUGGAACCAAAAGAUGA